CACGCGUCCACGCCCCCAUUUGAAAUCACACGCCUCGCCUCGCCUCGCCCUCCAUCGAGAUGGCCGAUCCCAACGGCCGCCGCCGCCUCCCCACCGGUGAUCCAGAUCAAGCCAACGCCUCCCCGUCCCGGCGAGUCUCCGCCGUCGAUGGCGUCACCGGCGGCGAGGGCAGGCCCACCUACUCCCACUUCCCCCCCGGCGCGUACGAGCCGACGGACGUGGCCUACGGCAUCCGCGACGCGGCCAACGACGAGCGGGCGCGGGCGCGGGCUCGGGCUCGCCAUGACCAGGGUGGCGGGGCUCAUGACCACCACCACGACCGGCCCCGGCAAGACCAGCGCGGCGAGGCUCACCUCCACGACCUCCCCGGCGAGAAGAGCGAGGUCCCCGACGUCGGUCCAUCUGACCAACAGGGGAAGGAAGCCUCCGACACCGACAUGGCUCCAUUGGCGGCGCUGGCAAAGAGAUCCUACGACGUCAACUUCCCGCCGCUGCACGAGCACCGCGCCGCCCCCUUCCCCGCCCCGGCACCCGCAUUCGCACCCGCACCGGCGGGCACCAUGGGAUCCUCUUCCGCACAGGUGCAGGGUGACGGGGCUCCUGACAAUCACGACCACGACCCACGUCACCUACCCCGGCAAGACCAGAGCGGCGGAGCUCACCCCGACGACCUCCACGGCGAGAAGACCAUCGGUUCAGGCUCCGAUAUCCUCGACGACUCCAAGAGAGGAAUGAUCAACGCCGGUCCCCAACACGGCCGCAUCACCACCUCCAAUGGCGGCAGCGGCAGCGGCAGCGACAAGGGCAAGGGGGUCUCCUACGCCGGGGACAAGCCCGCAUCUAGCUCGUCGUCCUCCAGCUCUGCUGGCCAGCAGGGGAGCGACACCGACAAAACUCCUUCGGCGGCGGCGGCGAGCUCCUACGCCGUCAACUUCCCGCCGCUGCUGCCCGCACCCGCUCCCGUCCCCGCCCCCGCACCCGCACCCGCGGUCGCCGGCGCCAUGGGUGUUGCCAAUGCCCACCACAAGAUUGCGCUGUGCAGCAAGUGGAGGAAGGGGAGGUGCCACAACGGGGCAGCGUGUCGCUACUCUCAUGGCGAGGAGGAGCAACGAAUUGUGCCGGAGAUGAGAGUCGGCGGCGGGGGACGUCCGUGCCCGGAGCUCGCCGCCGCCAAGGGAUGGUGCAGGUACGGGCUCAACUGCAAGUAUUGCCAUGGCGGCGUAUAGGAUCGAGGAGCAGCGCCAUGGGAGGGGGGAGUCCUUCAUCUUACAACGCUCGCGGAGGAAACACGUCAGGUUAGAGUCUGGAUCAUAUGACUGAAUCCAUCCGAAUCAUCUGGUCAGCUGUUUUGCUUCUGUUGUGGUCAGAUGAACCACUGCGUUUUUUGUUGCUAGAUCGAGUCUACUCUAGUCAUGCGUUUGAUUUGAUUCGACUCGUGAAUCCAUCCGAAUCUGAAUUCGACCAAGGACCAGUACACUUUUUGUUUCUUUUUUGGUCAGAUGAACCACUGCGAGUUUUCGUUGUCAGGGUCUAGGGGAAAAAGAUUACUAGAACCCAUGAAUUUGAUUUUGAGUCCUAAUAAACUUGAUGCAGUGAUGA